AUGGAGAGAAUUGUGCAGCAGACUGAUUACGAUGCGUUGUCGUGCAAAUUAGCAGCUAUCUCAGUUGGGUAUCUUCCUUCAAGCCUCCUACAGAGGCUGCCGGCCGAUCUGGCCAAGAAGUACGUACAAUGGCAUCGGGGUUACUUAGUCACUCUCAAGAAAUUCUGUAGACGGGCUUUUGGAAAAGUAGACAGAGCUAUACGGUCUUCCUUCCCAGUGAUGAACUAUGGAACUUAUUUACGUACUGUGGGAAUAGAUGCGGCCAUACUGGACUAUUUGGGUGUGAAUGAACAGGUUCAGGUAGUCAACUUGGGCUGCGGGUCAGAUUUACGAAUGCUGCCUCUGUUGGAGAUGUUUCCUCAUUUGACUUACGUGGACAUUGACUACAAGGACUCAGUGCAAGUGAAAAAUAACGUUCUGCGUGAGAGUGAAGUUUUGCGUACUUUCCUUGAGCUGCCGGAGAAGAAUACGACACCAUCGCCUUUUUUGAUAGAUCAAAGGAGGUAUAAGCUUGUUGCAUGUGAUUUGAACGAUAUCACUGAAACCGCCCGAUUAUUAGACACAUGUACCAACCGCGACAUUCCCACUGUCAUAUUAUCCGAAUGCCUACUAUGCUACAUGCAUGAAAACGAGUCUCAACUACUCAUUAACAUGGUCUUGGCCAAGUAUGCUCAUGGAUUAUGGAUAUCGUACGAUCCUAUCGGUGGUUCUCAACCGAACGACCGCUUUGGUACCAUCAUGGAGUCUAAUUUGAAGGAAUCAAGGAAUUUAGAAAUGCCCACGUUGAUGACGUAUAAUUCUAAAGAAAAAUACGCCUCAAGGUGGUCCAUGGCCCUAAACGUGACUGUCAAUGAUAUGUGGGAAGUAUUCAACACAGAGAUCCCUGAAUCUGAGAGGAAAAGGCUUAGAUCAUUGCAGUUUUUGGAUGAACUGGAGGAAUUGAAAGUAAUGCAAAGUCAUUACAUCCUCAUGAAGGCGCAAUGGUGA